AUGGGUGCUGCGCGCGAGAAACGUCGAGCCGAGCGCAUCGUCGAGGGCGGGACGCCAGCUUGGCACUACAUCUGGGCCCGGCUGAAAGCGAGCGGAUGGACACACAAGAAGCCCCCAGCAAGCUCUAUCGAGACGAGGUGGAAGUUUAUUCCGCCUGGAGGAAAAGAAAGCGGAGUCGAGGGCAAGGACUACUUUUUGGCUGCCCAAGCGCUGAGCUCUGCGUGGGCUGCGAAAGGACCUGUGCCUAGAGGCGACGGUGCAGGAUUGACGCCCCCAGUUGAUGAAAGUGAAGCCCCAAACGUAAACCCCUCUUUGCAAGUUUCCCCUCCCGCUGCUACCUCUAACUUGACUGGUUCCUCGCCUCCAACAAGCCGAGAGGUGAAUGCAAGCGAUGGUGACAUCGAAUCAGAAAUGGCACAUCCAGUGAUGACUCUGAGGAGGAUGAGCUCGAGUUGUGAUUCGGAGGAUGAUAUCAAUAAGAUCGAAGAAGGACAUAACCCUGACGACUUCGCUGGUUUUGAAUCUAGCAAUGAGACUGUGGAGGACGGCAUCGCGGACGAAGACGACUCAGACGAAGAAGAUGAAGGCGCUGUUGCUGCGAUUGGGCGUGGCAGUGAUGAUGAAGAGCGUGAUAGUCAAGAGGAGGGCCCCAACUCAGCUGAAUCCAUUGCGGAACGCCACUUUGCCGAGAACGUUUUGGAGUCACUCGGUGGUUCAGACAAGCUUUUGGCUGGCACUGGUAUGAGCAAACAAGACUUGGCGAAGCUACGAGAGCAUAGCACCACUGGAUGGACGGUUCCGGAUAUGCCUGAUGUUCACGAGUUCCUGCAAGCACCGUUUCAAGUCGUGGGGGAGGAGAAUAGCUAUCCUGAGUUGAGAUAG